ACGUAACAGAUCAGCUGAGCUCGAGCGUUGCCGCACUGAGCACGCGCCCGUCAGCGGCGUGCACGCGCCCGUCAGCGGCUCUUCACCAGAGCUGCUCCAGGGCUGCUCCGUCGAUCCCGUUGAAAAAUGGAACCCGUUCAUUGGAAAUACCUUUUUGGGUUUAUCUCCACCGCAGGAAUGUGACGCAUGAAGUCGUUUUUUUUUUAAUUAAUAUUUUUUUGCCUCUUUGAAUCGACGAUUCUAGUGGAGGCACACAUUUUCCACCUGGACCGGUGUGGGGAGGGGGCGUCCUGGGGGUUUGGAGGGGAUUCCUCAUCCUUUAUUUCUUCAUUCCCUGGGGUUGGACCAUAAUAUGUCCAGGCGAAAACAGACCAACCCCUUCAAAGUUGACUGGCCAUUCCACACUUCCGGCAUCACGGGAUUUCAGCACACUAUCAACAUGGACGGCAGGGACGAGUUCACCGAAGGCAAUGAGUGCUGCGGCAGCAACUCGCAGGAAGUGAUCGGACACGAGAGCGCCACAGAAGACAGCGAAAGCGACCCGGACUCCUCGUCCAACGCCUCGACCGACGACCACAUGAGUGCCAAGAGGGCGCCGUGCCGCCUGCAAGGAGCAGGAGUCAAAGAGGAGAAUGAGGAAGGCUCCGACCACAACGGCAACUUUGUAUGUCCUCUGUGCACGUUGGACUUUAGCAGCCCAGAGAAGCUCAUCUCCCAUGUCUACCAGCAGCACACAAGCCUGAUGAGCAACAGCAAGAGCUACGUGUGUCCCGUCUGUGGGAGAGCACUGAGUUCACCUGGCUCGCUCGGACGGCAUCUUCUCAUUCACUCGGAAGACCGUCUCUCCAACUGCGCCGUGUGUGGCGCGCACUUCACAGACACCGACAACUUCAACAGGGAGAAGCUCAAGGAUGUUCUGGACACGACCAGGCUGGAUGCCUCCGGCGGAAGUGAUACUUGUCCCCUUACCCACUCGCUUUCCAGUACUCCCAUGUCCAGUGCGGGACCUGGCUCUCAUUCCUGUCAUGGACCUGGACCCAGCCCCAGUUCCUGUCAAGGUCCCCAUUCAUGUCAAGUCCAUGAACCCAGCAGCAGCCUCUGUCAAGGCCAUCGAACGUGUCACAUGUCCGGCUCAUGUCAAGGCCCCUCAAGCCAAGGGCCCUCGUUUCCCUCCUUGCCCGACAGUCUGCUGUCCGAAGGACCGUCGCUGGCGUCCAUCCCAGAUGCCCUCACCUCCUCCUCCUCAGGUCUUCCUCCCAUUCCGGACAUCCUGAAUCCGAUGCCUGUGUAUCCGGCCGGCGUGCUCCUGGUGUGCAACAGUUGCGUGGCCUACCAGCAGCUAGUGGAGUCCCAGUCCCCCAUGCGCAAAUGGGCCCUGCGCCGCAAGAACGAGCCCCUGGAGUCCCGCCUGCACCGGCUGGAGCGUGAGCGCACGGCCAAAAAGAACAAGCGCGCUUGCGAGACAGACGAGGAACGCGAGAUGCGGCGUCUGCGCGACCGCGAGGCCAAGCGCAUGCAGAGGAUGCAGGAGUCGGAGGAUCAGCGGGCACGGCGCCUGCAGCGGGACCGUGACGCCAUGCGCCUUAAGAGGGCCAACGAGACGCCCGAGAAGCGGCAGGCCCGGCUCAUCCGCGAGCGCGAGGCCAAGAGGAUCAAGCGGCGGCUGGAGAAGAUCGACCCCACGCUCAGGACGCAGAUCGAGCACGACCCAGCCGCCAUGGCUGCGCUCACGGCCGACAUGAACCUCUUUCAAUUCCCCUGCCCCGUGCCCGUCCCUUCCAUGGGCAAUGGACUCUUCAUGAAGCUGCCCUAAGAGGACCGCAACUCUGACAAACAUUCUAAAUAAGGGGUGUCCAAACUUUUUAUCCAAGUGCCGCAUACAGAAAAGUGGCCACGUUGACAUUCUUCACCAUCAAAGUCCCUUUAAAGUGAAACUUGAAUGUCUGAAUUGAAGAGGACUGUUGUUAGCAAUUCUUCCAAAGUUUAAUGAUUCAAUAAAAUCUCCAAGUUUUUAAAAUUGGCAUUUAAAAUUGUUAUAAAUCAAGCCAAUGUACACAUUCCUACAAAUAAGUGUUUCUAAAAAAAAAAAGGAACAAAGAAUUUAACUAAAAUUUAUAUUCAUAAAA